GGUUAUUUAAGACGGCACUGGAAAUAUGCCUUCUGACAAUCACCAAACCGUAUUAUUAGUAGAUAUGUAAAUGCAUCACUGGAAGUCUUCUUGUUUUAGGUAUCAGCCUAAACCAACUAACGGUUUAAUUGCCAAAUAAAAAGAAAAGAAGGAUGCAAAAUGAGAAAAUAGGAAAAGAGGAGAGAAAAAACAAAUAAGUAUAUGGGAAAGAAAAGUUAUUUGACAUUAAAAAAGCUACUAUUUCUAAUUCAAUUUAUCAGUUAUUAAUAAAAAAUUUUGCUUUUUUGCAGUGGGAGUGAUACUUCCGAUUUUGCUUCAGAUUUUCAGCAAGAAUGCUUGGAUGCGCACAACCGAUUUCGAGCACAACAUCAGAACUGUCCAACGCUGUCGCUUAGUAAUGAACUGAGUCGUUAUGCUCAACAAUGGGCCAAGCACUUGGCUGGUACAGGCCGCCUGGAACAUCGGCAAGUGCACACCUACGGUGAAAAUUUGUAUACAUGUUUUGGCAUGGAGGUUAAUGGCUCAACGCCAGUACAACGUUGGUACGACGAGAUACGCUGCUAUGAUUUCUCCAAACCAAAUUAUAAGCCGGGAACAGGACAUUUCACACAAGUGGUGUGGCGGGAGAGUCGACAGUUGGGAGUGGACAUUGCGACAAGAGGCGAUACUACGUAUGUUGUUUGUAAUUACAAUCCACCUGGUAAUAUAAUUGGCAGUUUUGAUAGUAUGGUGCCACCAAAGAAGUGAACGCAGGGUAAUCAGCGCUCAAAAUGUGAUAGAUUUUACUAUAUGCGUAUAUUCUGAAAGUUUAAUUUACUUAUACAUAUAGGAAGGUUGUAGUUAAGGUGUAAAAGUAUGAGUGUAUUUUAAACGAAAAAAUUAAAAAUUUUCCGUCUAAAUUACAGUCAUACUAUUCUUUUCUACUGCAACUCCUCAGCUAUAUAAAUAUUUUGUGACUUUUAAAAACAUAUUCCAAAGAGAUAUUUUUAAGUUGCAAUACUAGAUUUUAGAAGUUACAAUGUACUUUUUUUACACGAAAUCUUUUGUAUAAAAUAUAAUGACACCAAAUUUGGCACUUCUUAUUUCGCGAAAUUU